AUGAAAAAAGUAGCAUUAGACUUUGAAUUUUCUGCGGUUUUAGCAAAACAGUCAGAAGGUACUGUAGGAUUUUUCGUUACAAAUACUACAUAUUCUUCAAAUGCUAUUAAUGAAGCAAGUAAUUCAAAACAACAAAUUAUUUUUUGUUCUAAAGAAAAUGUAGUUGAAAAAGUUAAAUCUACAAAAUUACAAUUAGAAAACAAAGAGUUGAAAAAAAUUUCAUUUGAAUUAGAUGAUGUUAUAAUAGAAAAUCUUGAAAUUGAUUCAGAGGAUACUACUGUUUAUUUAUUUGGUAUAAAAAUUGAAGGAAACUGUAAAAUUGGAGCCUUGAGAAUUAAACAUAGUGCUAUUGGUGUUGAAAAAUCAACUUUUGAAGAAAAAUUUAAAAGUUAUUUGGAAGAAAAAAGAUAUAGAGUUUAUCGACCACUUGAAGCAUCUCUUUUUCUUGAAGAUGAAUUAAAACUUUUUUGCAAAGAUCCAAAAAAUAAUGCUUUGUUUUUUCAAUAUGCAAUUCUUAAUUUUUACAAGAAGCAAACUGCGGAACUUAAUGUGAUUAGUUCAUAUGAUUUUAUAAUACUAGAUCAAACAUAUAUUGAUACCGAAGUUUUCACAUUAAUGAAUACUCAAAACAAAGAAAUUAUCGAAUUUUUGAAAAAGAAAAGACAAGAAAUUAAAAUAGAAAAUAUCAACAAGGUAAUUUAUUUGAAGCCUUCAGAUGAAAAUAUGAUUCAGAGACAAAGAAAAAGAGAUCGAGAAGCAGAGACUUACAGUAACGAAUAUUUAAUUGAGUUAUCUAAUUUCUAUGAGAAAUUAAUUGAUAAAAUUUAUCCAUCUCAUGUUAAAUUUGAAAAUAAUUGUUCAGUUGAAGAGUAUGAGAAAAAUUAUUUUGAAAAAUUAUUAACUGAUAUUAUCAAUUAA